CGUGCGGGUCCUUCAAAUUCACUGCCGUCUGCUUCUGCAGAAAUGUCCCAACCCUCUUAGUCGAUGUGAGAUGAAAACUGCCUUUUCGAGUUUGUGGGUGGAGUGGGAGGAGGUUAGUAGCGAGCAUGUUCCGUCUGUAGUAGUUUAGCAUUCUGUGCGAAGAAGACAUGGCUUGUGAAAUCAGUGCACUAGAAGAACUCCACACCGAGCUAACAUGCCCUAUAUGUUUAGACAUGUUCAAUGAACCGGUCAUACUCGAGUGUGGCCACCACUUCUGCAGAAGCUGCAUUCGCCAGUGCUGGGAAGCAAAAUCAGAGGAGAGCACGAGCUGCCCAAAAUGCAGGAAGAGAUGCACUCGCUCCCUGAGGCCAAACUCGCUCCUUUGUAAUGUUGUCCAGAGCGUGCGACGCGCAAGAGCGAAGGACGCACGACCCAAGGAGCGAGCUCCGAAAAUGCCGCCCGAUAAUGCGAAGCUUUCUAGCGUGACCGCGUCCCAUGCCGAACCAGUGAGUAAUCUAUGCACGGAUCACGAAGAAAAGCUGAAAUUGUUCUGCGAAGACGACCAAGUGGCUAUCUGUCUUGUUUGUGGACUGUCACGAGACCAUAAAACGCACAACGUAAUCCCGAUAAAUGAGGCUUACGACAACUAUAAGGAGACAUUGUCUUCCUUGGUGCAAAGAGUUGAAGAGCAAAUGGGCACUGCAUCCCAGUAUCAGGUCCUGACAAAUGAUAUGAUCCUACAGAUGAAGGACCAAGCAGAUGUUUUGGAGAUACAGAUCAGCUCUGAGUUCCAGAAAAUCCGAGACUUCUUGUCCAGGCAGGAACAGGAAAUGAAGAUGCGACUGCACCAAGCAAAAGAGAAAAGACUAAAAGUACUGGGUGAUACCCUAACACACACCACCUCUCAACUCAGCCAGCUGGAGCUCAGCAAACAUCUAAUUCAGACAAAACUCAGCCAGGUGGAGAACCCAGAAAUAUUGACGGACAUAAAGGAUUUCAUAGAAAGUGUGCAAUGUGAGUUUAAACCUCCCGAGCAUGUGUUUGUUACCUUGCCUGCAGGCGAGUUUGUUGGGCCUUUGCAAUAUCGUGUCUGGAGGAACAUGAGCUCAAUAUUGCAGCCAGGCGUGGAGGCCAUAACCUUUGACCCACUGACGGCAUAUCCUCGUCUGUGGGUGUCAUGCUGUGGUCGGAGUGUGUGUGUGGGCAAGAUUCAGACAGGUCUACCUAACAACCCAGAGCGUUUCACCCUCUAUAACAUCGUGCUGGGAUCGCAGGCCAUCUCUGAGGGACGACACUACUGGGAGGUGCAGGUAGGAGGAAAGACAGCUUGGGGACUAGGUGUGGCCAGUGCAUCUGUUAAUCGUAAGGAGGAGCUCAGCCUGUGCCCGGAAGAGGGGUUUUGGACCCUGGUCCUAAGUGAAAAUGGCUACGAGGCAUGCAACAGCACGGUAGAAAGCCCUCUUGAGCUCGCCCAUCCACCUAGAAGAGUGGGUGUGUACCUUGACUAUGGGAGGGGCCAUGUGUCAUUUUAUGAUGCUGAGGACAUGACGCACCUAUACACCUUUGUUAACGCCCACUUUACAGAACCUGUAUACCCUUAUUUUAACCCCUGGCCAAUCAUGAAUGGGCGCAAUCGUGAGCCUCUGACCAUACAUAUGCCACAGCUCUGAGCUGUUGCUAAACAACUGGGCAAGCUACAUUUCAACAUUUUUAAAGAACAGUUAUGAAUUGACUCCAAGACCAGAUGUAGGCAAAGUAGCCCAUAUUUACCCAAGUUGGUGUCCGACAGACUUUAUUUUAGCCUUGUGACUCCCCAUAAUCACAGGUUUGCGUCUUCUGAAAACAUGCUUCUGGCUGAACUUGGGAACGAUGUUCCAGAAAUGAAGGUUCACUGGAGUAUCCUUCAGAAGACACACAGUGCUGUGUAGUCCACCAGGGGGAGUAAAAACUCAGCAAACAAGUAUGGACAACUGAAGUUUAUAUCUCUCUGGAACCUGAACCUGAACCACCUGUCAGUGGAGUAAAUUAUGUCCUCACUUACCUUUAAUUUGCUAACAGGAUAAACAUUUUCCUUACUUUGAAGAUGGUUUAUGUAAUGAAAUGUUAUAUGUAAUGUGUGUUCCCUGUGGGUAAUGGACACUUGGGGCCUAGGUUUUUUUGGGUCUUUGCACACUAAAUCUUCUAUUUCAGAAACACACAAACAAUUCAAGGUCAGACGAAUAUAACUUCUUAAGUUCUGUUGAAAUAAUCUGUAUAAAAUUUCAAACAAGGUGACUUAGUCCAUGACCAUGUGUUAUCUUCUUUUUUUUUUUUUUAAGUACAUUUUUGGAAGUAGUUACCAGGUCUUGUUUGAGUUUGACAUGGAUUAGGUAAAUUACUCAAUAACAGGCUUCAAUAGUUCAGUUUUUAACUUAAGGACAAAGGCUUUCCUUUUUGUUCUUCCUUUGUAACAACGCAUUUGCACAACAUAUUUGGGUUUGGUAGAGUUAAGGUAAGUGUGAGCAUUGUCUUUGUUUAAACAAAAUUCUAAGGCAUUUUCAAGUUAAAUUUAUUUUGCUGAUUCUUUUCUUCUGUUGUUGUCUGUAAUUUGCACUUUGAGGGUGGAAUUAGGGGGUUGGAUAUGGUUUGAAUUUUGAGAAGCACAAAUUAUAGGCCAGUUAUAGUAAGUCAGCCCCUGUGUCUGGGGCUGUGCUAGCCCAGCAAUAAAACAGUUUUGCUGAGAGCAGUGGUAAGGGGCUUGAUCCCAUAUGAUGGCAUUAACCCUGAACGGUCUCCAUAGACAUCUCCUUUGCAAUUAAAGUAAGUCACCUUGAUCGAAAAGUUAACGUAACAUACACGUGUCUGACCACAGUUACUGGCUGCACAGCACUCAGUAUGAAAGUACAAGGCAAUCUCACUGGUUUGGAGAAGGGCAAACAGAUUACAAUCACCACAUGUUUAAUUCAUACAAAUGAGAGUACACCUGUCAGAGAUGCCGAGGUUGUGAUAGAAUCUCAAUGUCUUUAACAUAGCACAGGAAAUAAAGCACCAGAUGCUUGCCUACAAAUCCAAAAAUGUGCCUGCUUCCUCCUACUUGAUGGCAAUGGUCAAAACCUGAUCUCUACCUCAAGCUUCAAAUAAGGCCUGGAUUGACCCACUAACUUUCAAGAUUCAUGGAACUCAAGCAUCGAGAUUCUUCUCUGUUCUAGCAUCCAGUUGGUGGAAUGAACAUCCACUGGCUGUCCACAAGCGGGCAUCCAUAGCUGUUUCGAACACAAUCUCUUUGAAAAGCACCUUAAUUAAAUGUAACCAGACACUUGUAAAGAAGAUUUUAAUUGCACUUAUGUGCUUUAAGUGUAUUGUAUUUUAUCAUUCUUUUGUAGACCACAUUGCAGAUUUUAGCACUGACACUUGGUUCUGGCAGUCCUGACUACUAAAGCACUUUUGUAAAUCGUUCUGGAUAAGCAUAUUUGCUAAAUGCUAUGAAUGUAAAUGUAAUGUAUAUAUCUUAGGAUCUAUUACAUUUUGGAAAGGUUUUGAGAAAAACACAUCAGGGGUUUUGGUUUAAAAAUGCUUUUUAAUACAAUUAUGACACUGGUUGCUUUUCUUGAAUUACAACGUACUAGGUAAUUUGAAUUCUUUUAGUAAGAAAUAUCAAAAUGGGUGAAAAUAUGAACAGUCAGGAAACCACCCACUGUUUGAAUUUUUGUAAAAUUUGUAAUCCAGACAAAUAUUUUAAUCCAAAAUUAAUAAGGGGCUUUGUCAAGAACAAAACAUGUUUUUAUUGCUGCAUUACUUUAAAAAGUGACCUUUAUAUUUUUUUUCUAUCACUUUUGGAAUAAAAUAGUACAAGAACACUUACAAAGUUCCUAGAAUGAGUCCAAAUCAGUCUUCCUACCCUCUGCAAAUGUUAGCAACAAUGGUUAGAAAUGUGGUUCAUUUUGUUGUCCAUUGGUUACCAUGUAGACAUUAAUGCCGUUUAUGUUUCUUAAUCAAAUGUUGAAUUUUUCCACAACUGCAGGGGUCUUAGGGGUUAAAAUAUGUCAUAUAGUUAGCUCUCCUGAAAU